UAAGUUUAACUUUAGCCUUAAAAUAUCUCAGAUAUAAUAUACGUAUAUAUAUAUAUUCCUUACAAAAUUUCAUUUUUACUGGAUCUUUCGUCUCUGGCCUGACGAUUCAUUCCGCAUCUUAUGAUUGUGAUCCCAGGCAAACAUUCUCACAAUAUAAAGUAUCAGUGUGUGGUGGAUUAGUUCAAACACUGGAAUGCUGUAAACAUUAUAUCUUUAUAGUCGUUCUAUAAAUCCUUAUUGAUAGUUAUAUUUGAUUUUUUAUAACAAUGGCUAGUAAACGUACGGCAACUACAGAAUUAAAUCAUGAUAACUGGAAUGAAGAAAAUGAACCUGAAGAUGCAGGAACAUUUACAAAGGCUUCGGAUGAAGUUCUUCAGAAAAGAGUAAUUAAAGCUGCUAGGCGUAGACUGAGCCCUAGAGAUGAAGCUAGCAAAAGUGCAUUUGGUGGAUUUACAGGUUUCAAAACUGCAACUACGACGAGUUCGUUAUCUCCAUUCAGUUUCUUAGCCUCUACGAGUAAUACUUUUCAAUCGAUGUCUUCAUCAACAUCAAACACAAAUAAUGAAUCUAAUAAAAACUCAGAAAAUGGAACUAGUAAGACAGAAAAUGCCCAACAAGUCAAACCACCAUUACCUGAAAAAGAUAAAGAUCAGUCGGAACAAGAAAAUGAAAAAAUUUCUAAAAAAUCUUCAGAAUACUUUUCACAAUUAAAAGGAUUAAAUGAAAGUGUGGCGCAGUGGAUUAAAACACACGUAGAUGAAAAUCCAUUUUGUAUUUUAACACCUAUAUUUAAUGAUUAUGCUAAUUACUUAAAUGAAAUAGAAUUAAAAUACGGAAAUGAAUUUAAGAAACCUAAACAGGAUGAACAAACUUCAUUUGAAAUGGACAAUACUAGUAAAAAUGAUAGCAAAGAUAGUAGUAAUAAGAACGAAAAUGACAAUACUGCAGAAGGUACAAGUAAAAAAUCUUUUUCUGGACUAUCAGAUUGGAAACCAGAAAAAUCAAUCUUUGGAAAUGUCAGAAUAAAUGCUAAAUCAAUAUUUGGUAACACAGACCAAAUAUCAGAAACUCCAAAAUCUAUUUUCAAUAACACGGAACAAAUUACUAAUGUACAAAAACCAAUUUUUGGUAAUGUAGAGACAAAGACAUCUAGUAAAAGUAUAUUUGACAAGCCAAGCCCUGAAAAAAAUCUACUAUUAAAUAAGCCAACUGCAGGUUCAGAAGUUAAAGAUAAUAAUGAAUCUAAAUCUGACAAAAUAGGCAGUGGUUUUACAUUUACAUCCUCUAAUUCGGCUACAUUUAGUUUCGGUCAAAAUUCUACAACUACUAGCCCAUCUGCUGGUUUUAGUUUUGGAAAUACAAAACCAUUUUUUUUUGGUGCUCAAGUCGCAAAACCACAAGAUAAUGAAAACCAAUCUGAAAAUCAAUCUAAAGAUGACGAUCCUGAGGAACCUCCAAAACCGGAUUUUAAACCAGUUACCGAAGAAGGAGCAAUUUUCGAACAAAGAUGUAAAGUGUUUAUUAAAAAAGACGGAAGUUUUAGUGAUAGAGGAAUAGGAACAUUAUUUUUAAAACCAACGCCAAAUGGAAAGACGCAGUUAAUAGUACGAGCAGAAAAUUCAUUGGGAAAUUUAUUAUUAAAUACUUUAUUAACCGAAAGUAUUCCAACACAACGUAUGAAUAAAAAUACCAUAAUGUUGGUUUGUCUGCCGGAUUCUCAACCUCCACCUACGCCAGUUUUGUUAAGAGUGAAAACUAGUGGAGAAGCAGAUGUUUUACUAGAAACUUUAGAUAAACAUAAAAAAUAAAUUACAAAUAAAAUAUCUAGGUACUAUAUUUGACUCCGAAAAAAGCGUUACAAAAUAAUUAAAAAGGAGGUAUGAAAUAUGUUGCAACAAAUGUAAUAUCGUAGACGAAAACUUGAAAUUAAAACAUAAAUGUGUUAAUUGUUGCAUCAUCUUAUAGUCUUGCUAUGUUAUGUUACUACCUUUUAAGAGAAAAAGAUGCCAUUAGCAAGUAUUUAUACGAUUACACAUAAAGAUUGUAAAAUAAGAUUAAUGAAUGUGUAACAUCUAUUAUGGAACUCAUAUUAUAAUACAUAGUAUCAUUGGAAACUUAUCGCAUGUUAUCAUGGGUAAUAUAUUUGAUAUUUUGUAUGAUUCUAACGAUAAAUUUGUUUUUUUGAGAAAAUAUUAGGAAAAAGUCCUUAGAAAUUGUAAUAGUAUUUGCAGUUAAUUUUUCUUAAAAAAGAAAUAGCAGAAUAACGUAUUAAAAAAUGCUGUAUAUCAUUUAAAAAAUAGAUGUUUCUCUCUCUAUCUCUCU